CGUGCGAAUUGGUGCUCUACCUGGCAGCUCUCUUAUCUCCUGCCGCUACUUAUAAAAAUCAGUGACGAAUGCGAGUCUCGAUUGCGUUUUGAUACCGAGUGAAAAUCAGUGACCCCUUGGAGUGCAUCUCCUAAUCAGUGAUCUUCGAAUCGGGACAAAAAUGGGCACAUGCGUCGAUAAUGUCGGAGAUAUUAAGGCGGAGGUUCGACUCACCAUCAAUGGCAAACCAUACACAGUUGCCGGAGAGAUACCACCUGGCACGACCCUUAAUACGUUUAUCCGUGAAAACGCAAAACUCAAAGGUACAAAAGCUAUGUGCCUCGAGGGAGGAUGUGGAGCAUGUAUAGUUGCUGCCGAAAUAAAUGGCGAAAUCUUAGCAGUAAAUUCUUGUCUUGUACCAAUCUUCAACUGUAACGGAUGGGCCAUUAAAACCAUCGAAGGAAUCGGUGGUAAAAAAUUAAAGUAUCACCCAAUCCAAGCAACUUUGGCCGAGAUGAACGGCUCUCAGUGCGGAUUCUGCUCGCCCGGGAUGGUCAUGAACAUGUACAGCCUCCUGCAAAGGGAGGGAAUCACCAUGAAGGAAGUGGAAAAUUCAUUUGGGAGCAACAUUUGCCGAUGCACAGGAUACAGACCCAUUCUGGACGCCUUCAAGAGCUUCGCCAAGGAUGCCCAUCCGACGAUGAAAAAGAACAUCCAGGACAUAGAGGAACUGUACAGGCUGAAUAUCUGCCCGAAAACUCAGGAGCCUUGUACCGGCACCUGUGAGAAUUCUCGAUACAUCGAUUCCACCCAACCCAUCCACAUCAAAUUAAAAAACGCCGAAUUCUACAAGACAUCCACAAUUCAAGGCCUGUUUGAUAUCCUUGCAAAGCACCCCAACUCUACGUACGUCCUAAACGGGGGAAACACGGCUCAUGGCGUUUACCGUCUGGAAAAGCCUGAAAUUUAUGUGGACAUAAAUGACAUUCCUGACCUACAUCGGGUGGAAAAGGAUAGCAGCUCCUUGGUCCUCGGUGCGAAUGUAACCCUCACAGACGCCAUGAAGAAUUUCGAGAAAUUCUCCAAGGAUCAAGGCUUCGAAUAUUUGCAGCAUUUGGCCAAACACAUCGACCUCGUCGCCAGCGUGGCCAUUCGUAACAUCGGCACCAUAGCUGGCAACUUAAUGAUUAAACACCGUCAUCGCGAAUUCCCUUCGGAUCUCUUUCUCCUGUUAGAAACAGCAGGAGCUCAAUUGCACGUAUUAGAGAAUCCUAGCUCGAAGUGCAACAUGACGUUCCUGGAAUUCUUGAAAACCAAAAUGGAGCGCAAAGUCAUAUAUAGCGUGGUCCUGCCGGCAAUGAGCAAGGAGUACGAAUUCAGGUCCUAUAAGAUAAUGCCCAGAGCACAGAACGCCCACGCGCUCGUAAAUGCCGGCUUCCUCUUCAAGUUAAAUGGCAGUGGGACAUUGCUGGAAAAGCCGAACAUCAUAAUUGGCGGCAUCAACCCCGACUUCCUUCACGCCUCGAAGACGGAGAACUUUCUCAUCGGGAAGUCCAUCUUGAAUAAGACCGUCUUCAAGGACGCGAUGAACAUCCUGGACUCCGAAUUAAAUCCAGAUCACGUCUUGCCAGACGCCUCUCCCAACUUCAGGAAAUUACUCGCCGAAGGGCUCUUCUACAAGUUCGUUCUGAGUCUGAAGCCAGAAAACGUCGACUCGAAAAUUCGCAGUGGAGGCACUCUUCUCGAUCGCGGUCUGUCGUCUGGAAAGCAAGACUAUGACACGGACCGAAACAUUUGGCCGCUGAACAAACCCAUACCAAAGAUGGAAUCCAUUUACCAGACUUCCGGGGAGGCACAAUACAUCAAUGACGUUCCGCCACAACCAAACGAAGUGUAUUGCGCCUUCGUGCUCGUGGACGUUCCCAACGGGAAGAUCGAGUCCAUCGACGCGCAGGAAGCCCUUGAGAUGGAUGGGGUGGAGGCAUUCUUUACCUACAAAGACUUUCCUGGGAAAAAUCUUUUCAUCUCCGCCGUAAUGCAGCUACCUCUCCUCAUGUGUGACGAGCCGGUGCUCGCCGAAGAAGAAAUUCUGUUUAAUGGGCAGCCGUUGGGAAUAAUUGCCGCGCGAACACACACUCUCGCUAAUGAAGCUGCAAAAAAGGUGAAAAUCAUUUACUCGGACGUUAUGAAGAAUAAGCCAAUCAUUACCAACAGGGACGCCAUCAAUUCCGGGGACAAGUCUAGGAUCCUGCAAACUGCGAACUUCCCUGCGAAAUCCCGAGGAAACAAUACGAAGCACGUAAUAAAGGGUGAAUUCGAGUGUGGAAGUCAGUACCACUUUACUAUGGAAACUCAGAGCUGUGUCUGUAUACCCGUUGAAGACGGCAUGGACGUAUAUCCGGCAUCGCAGUGGAUGGACUUAACCCAAAUAUCGAUAGCCAAUUGCCUCGAUAUCCGGAAUAAUAGCAUUAACAUCUGCGUGCGCCGCAUCGGCGGAGGAUACGGAGCAAAAAUCUCGAGAGCCACGCAAAUCGCGUGUGCGUGUGCUUUGGUGUGUCACAAGCUCAAUAGACCAGCUCGAUUCGUGAUGAGCAUCGAGAGCAACAUGAUGGCCAUCGGCAAGAGAUACUCUACUCUCCAGCAGUACGAUGUCGAAGUCGACGAGGACGGCAAGAUACAAUACUUGAACUCGAAGCAUUGGGGAAAUGCCGGUUCCUGCUUCAACGAAGUCCACGCCCAGUCCGUUAUUUCUCACUUCUACAGUUGUUACAACAACGAGACAUGGAAUUGCGAGGGCUCCGAAGCUAAGACGGACUUGCCAUCGAAUACUUAUUGCAGAGCUCCAGGAUCCACCGAAGGCACAGCGAUGGCUGAGAACAUAAUGGAGCACAUCGGCAGGACAGUGUCCAAGGACCCUCUGGACGUCCGCAUGGCGAACAUGAAUGAAGAGGAUAAGGCAGUUUUGCAGCCGAUGAUAGAGGACUUGAAAAAAUCAGCCGAUUACGAAGCCAGGAAAAAAGCUGUUAACGUCUUCAACGAAGAAAAUCGUUGGAAAAAGAAAGGACUCUCCCUCGUACUAAUGAAUUAUAGUUUUAUGUAUUGGGGUGAAUUCAAUGCCAUGGUUGCGAUUUAUGCACGCGAUGGUACUGUAUCUGUAUCACACGGUGGAAUCGAAUGCGGACAAGGUAUUCAUACAAAGAUUGCUCAAGUAGCAGCCCAUACGUUAGGCAUUGAUUUGGACAUGAUCUCAGUCAAACCCAGCAAUAAUUUAGUAUCUCCCAAUAAUUCUGUGACCGGGGGCAGCGUAACCAGCGAAUGCUGUGCAUAUGCAACACUAAUGGCGUGCAAGGAAUUACUGUCUAGAUUGGAGCCGAUAAAAAAGGAAAUGAAAAAUCCAACAUGGAAGGAGUUAGUUUUAGCUGCACAUCUGAAAGACGUGAAUUUAUGUGCCCGCUACAUGUUCACGUCGCAGGAUAACGUGAAAAACUAUGGUAUAUAUGGAGUAACAAUUGCGGAGGUUGAAGUAGACAUAUUGACCGGUCAGUACGUCAUUCAGAGGGUGGAUCUAAUGGAAGACGUCGGCAUCAGCAUGAAUCCUGAAAUAGAUUUAGGCCAGGUCGAGGGUGCCUUCGUAAUGGGAAUCGGUUACUGGACAUCCGAGGAAUUGAUCUACGACCCGGACACAGCACUACUUACCAACCAUAGAACUUGGAAUUACAAACCUCCCGGGGCGAAAGAUAUUCCCGUCGAUUUUCGAGUUUCGUUCCGCAGAAACGCUCCGAAUCCUGUGGGAGUUCUUCGAUCGAAGGCAACUGGGGAACCUCCUCUCUGCAUGAGCUGUGCGAUACCUAUCGCGAUUCGAGCUGCUCUAAAUUCGGCAAGAGCAGAUUCCGGUAACGAAGACACGUGGUAUCCAUUGGAUGGACCAGUUACAACGGAGAAAAUUUUGUUAUCAAGCUUGACGGACAGGCAACAGAUGACAUUUUGAUUGUAAAUUGUAAAACUACAGUAGGAAAUAAAUAUAGAAAACUGAAUUAGUUA